AAGAUUACAAGACUUCACAUUCGGAGAGUUGUAAUUAGGGAACUCACAGCCCCAAACUACCAAAUUUAUCCCCAGGAAUUGGACUCUGUUACUAUGGAUCUCAGUCCUUCCGCUGUUGUGUUCAAAUUAUUUUCAACUUUAUUUUUCGUUUUAAUUGUUGCAGAAGUUCAUGCACAGCCUCAGAAUUUUAACUCCGAAGUCCAACAGACUGGUGACGAUAGCUCUUCUUCAGAAUUAAAUCUGUUCAAGAUGGCAUUAAGAGAAGCCUAUAAUAGAGAGCUGGAGUUCUACGAGAGACAGGAAGCGCAGAUAAUGAAGCAGAUAGCGGGACUGGAGAACGAGAGAACGCAGGUUAGGGACCGGAAGAGGAGUCACAUCCAGUGCCUUGUCAACGUCAUAGCGUGCUACCGCAAAAAGUGAUAGUGCGCAACUACAGGAAGUGAUAGCAUCGAUUUUAAUUGAGGUCACAGUAAAGAGUGCUAACAUAAAAACUGAAAUACAUUUUUGUAACUUCUUUCAUAAGACUUAAAGGAAGGAACUGAAUUUUUUUAACGGUCUUAAUUUUAUUUGACGGCUCGGAUGCCUUCUAAAAGCUUUUCAUGCUAGGACUCUUUUUUGACAUCUUUGAUUUCAAAGUCUUAAAGAAAUCAGAGUUGUUAAUUUUGAUUUGACUGUUGUUUGAAUGAAAUGCUAUUUUUGUAUAUGUAAGAAAAAUUUAAUUUCGAUGUGGGAAAUAUAAUAUUUUAAGAACAAUAAAGUGUCA